ACAGUUUCCCUCGCUUAGUAGUUACGCUGACCUAGCACACUUCCGUCCCUCAGCCAUGAUGACGGCGGGUCCAGGCGGCAUCAUGGCGAGUAACCCUACGCACGUUGAAAGAGUCUUCGCAACCCCAGAAUUCAGCAAUGCGACUUGAUUCCCCCGCGAGGGACACCACGGCGUACAGACGCCGCUAUGAACCUCCUCAGGCAGCGAGUGGCGGGACCGUCCGGGCUAGGCGGGGGGAGGAAAGCCGGAUCAAGCGAAAAGAGCAACGGCGCGAGGGCGGAUGGCGACGAGAGCAAUGGCGGUGGCGACGACGGGCAAGGCGAGGGCGUGCGUCUUCCACCUGCCGGAGACGACUGGAGCCGUCGCAAGUGGCCCGAUAUGGGCGACAGCGGGAGUAGUUUCAGCCUCGGCAGCAGCAGCAACAGUAACCCCACAUUCUCUGGUUUCCCCGUGCCGCCUGUCGACAACGGUGGCUCUGCCAGGCCCGAGCGCAAGCUGGGCUGGCGCCGUCGCUCGCUCUCCGUCUUGCCGCACAAGGCCGCGCUCAGAUCCACCUCCCCCCUCCGCGCCGUCUUCCCCAGCGUGCAGUCGCUCGGCACCGGAAAGGAGUCGGCGGCGGGAAACGCGCGGGCCCAGCGGAAGGGGGGGGGGAGACUCGCCAGCGAGGCGGAACGCGCGGGGGCACUGCCUGUUGGGGGGGGCGGCGGAGCAGCAGCUGGCACGGCAGGUGCGGUGAUGAGGCGGCAGGGGCUGAACCUGGGUCCCCGGGGGUCCCCGCAGGGGCUGAACGCGCUGGAGGACGUGCUCAAGGGCGGCUGGUCGUCCGCGGAGUCGUCGCCCGCCGGCACGCCACAGAGCGCCGUGACCGUUGGGGUCGCGCGGCCUGCACCCAGGGGGGAUGGUGGCGCGCCUGCGCCAGCUGUCGCCUCGCCGCCUGCUUUUGGCGGGUGGGGAAGGGGAGCCGGGGAAGGGGGCGGAGGAGACGUGGGAAGGGCUUUAGACGUGGGUGUGUGGGGGCAUCGGGAGGGCGGAGGUGUGCUGGCGAGCGAUGGCGGGCUCGGAGAGGAGGCUGGGAGAGUGACGCGGGGAAGCGAGAUGGGUGAGAGCCAAGGGCCGGGGCAGGCGCGGGUGAUAGUGGCGGACGCAGGGAACGCGAGGACGCCGUGGCAUGCAGCGGCUGGUAGGAGCGGCAGUGCAGAGGGAGGCACAGCACGGCUGGGGGGGCGGUGGGAGGAGGGGCGAGGAGAGGAGAGGGGGAUACGUUUCAGGGCGUGGGGGGAUGGGGUGGUCGGGAAUGAGAGGUGCACACAGGGGGACCAGGGCUGGAGCGAGGGCGCGGCGGGCAGCGAGGGGGCGCAGGAGCACAUGGCUGGGCGAGCGGGGAGCACGGCAGGGGAGGCGGGAGCGGGCAUGGGGGGAGGACGAGGGGCAGCAGCGGACGGCGCCGCGAGCACGAGGGGGAGCAGAGGGGCCCUCCAGAACGCGUGGAGCGGGCGAGGAGGGGCGGGCGCUCAAGGGGCGCCUGCUGCGGGCAGGCUGGGUGGCGGAGCGACGCACGGGGGGGCUGUGGCGGGAGCACGGCGCGGGGGAGUGGGGGCGCAGGCAAGGCAGCGCAGCCAGAGUCUCGCGGACCUGCUGCAGGCGCAGACAGGCGCGGGGGGGAGGGCAGAUGGCGGGGCGGAGGGACGCGAAGAGGACAGUGGGAGUGCGAGUGAUGAAGAGGGGGGGGCGCAUGUGAGCGUGCGGCGGGGGGUAAGUCUGAACGCCAGUGGGAGUAGCGCGGGUAUGGGCGGUGUGUGCGGGACGCAUGUUCCCCCCGUGGCACGUGCCCUGCGUGUCCUCCGCGCCCCCCAUCUCCCCAGCCCCAGCUUGAGCGCCCUGCCCUUCCUCGCCCACAGCUCGCCCGCACCCCCUGCUGCCGCCCCAUGGUGGGGGGCGCGGGAGGGGGGGCAGAGCGAGCAGACGCGGGCACGGGAGGUGGAGGGGCAGGAGGGGGAGGGGCGAGGGAAGAAACGGUGGGGGGGGGAGGAGGAGGGGGGAGAAGUGGGGAACGGCAUGGGCGAUGGGCGGUUUGCAUGGGACGUGCCGUGGGCAGGGCUAGUGCUGAGGAAGGCGGGUUGUGAUGCGCGGGGCGAGAACGGGGAAUGCGAGCACGAGAAGGCAGAAGAGGAGGAGGAGGAGGAGGAGGAGGAGGAGGAGGAGGAGGAGGAGGAGGAGGAGGAGGAGGAGGAGGAGGAGGAGGAGGAGGAGGAGGAGGAGGAGGAGGAGGAGGAGGAGGAGGAGGAGGAGGAGGAGGAGGAGGAGGAGGAGGAGGAGGAGGAGGAGGAGGAGGAGGAGGAGGAGGAGGAGGAGGAGGAGGAGGAGGAGGAGGAGGAGGAGGAGGAGGAGGGGGAGGGGGAGGAAGAGGAGGAGGGGGAGGAGGAGGAUGCGGAGCAGGAGGAGGAGGACGCGAAGGAGGAGGAUGAAGAAGAAGAGGAGGGAAGUGUUGUUGAGAAGGAGAUGGAGGCGAGUGAGGAGGGCAGUGAGGAGUGCAGUGAGGAGUGCAGUGAGGAGUGGGAUGAGUAUGAGGAGGAGGCGGAGGAGGGAAGCGAGGGGGUUGCACAGCACGGGGGGAGGGAGGCGGGGAGUCAACGGCACGAGGAGCAGGACCCGGAAGCGGAAAACAGUGAGAGCGAGUGCGAGGGAGAGAGUGAAAGUGGCAGUGGAGAUGAGGAGGCGGAGGAGUCUGAGAACGAAGGCAGCACGGGUGAGAGCGGCCACAGCCAGCAGCAGCAGCAGCAGCAGCAGCAUCAGGGGCGUGUGAAAGUGCGGGGAAGCAGUGGCAGUGGGGAAGGGUCAGUGGUGGUGUUUGAGAGCGACGCUGAGGGAGAUGCGGACAGCCACGCGGGGCGUUACAGUGUGUCUGCUCACACUGCCGCUGCCUCUCGUUCUCGCUCCGAUGCCGCUCACACUGAUGCUCCUGUUCAUGCGGAUAGUUCUGUAGGGGGGAGAGCAGGUGGAAGCACGGGGUGGGAUACUGCGAGGGAGGGUGUUGCGGGUGGUGGUGGUGGUGGUGGUGGUGCUGUGGUUGUGGAGGGGCGACAGGCGCGUGAGCAGCAUGCAGUGGGCGUGGCGAAGAGCGGCGCCAGAGAGCGCCAGCAGUUGGCAGGGACAGAGGGGGAGGAGGCGGGUGAGGACGAGGAGGAAGGGGAGGAUGACGAGGUGGUGGACGCGGUGCCUGUAUCCCCCACCAUGCUCGCCCUCCUCACCUCAUCCACCGCGCCAUACCCCUACCCGCACCCUCUCUCGCCCCUGCACCAUGCGGCCUCCCAGCCUCCCAUGCACGCGCCUAAGGCCAGCACCACGAGCAGCAGCGGCGGCAGCAGCAGCAGGCAGGGAGGGAGUGGCGGGUCUGGUAGCUGGGGUGGGAGGGCAAGAGGUGGAGCACACGAGAGAGCAGCGCAGGGAGAAGGGAUGGGUGCAGCAGGAGCCGCAGGCGCUGCCUCUUAUCACGCGGGCGCCUCUCCUUCCGCAGCAGCACCUGCUGCUACUGCCACUGCCGGUCGCAGCAUCCCCCCACUCGAAUCCCCAUCACCGCCCCACGCGCCACCACCCCAUGCAUCACCCCACACCGCGCCGCCGUUCCCCUUCCCCUCCUCCUCCUCCGUGCCUGCCUCCAUGCCCUCCUCCUCGCGCUCCUCCCCGUCGCCCCCGCCCUUCCCCCUCGCCUCCCUGCGCACCUCCUCUCUGCAGCCCGCGGCCGUGGCAGCAGCGACGGCAGGGGGCUCGCCACCCUUGUUCACGUCUGCAUCGACAGGGGGCAGGAGAGCCACUGGCGCAGCAGCGUCACCAUCCAACGGUCCAGCGCCAUCGCUAGUAUUAGCGUCACCAUCCGCAGCAGCGGCGGCGCAGCGUGUGAGUGUGCGGUGCGAGGGCGUGGAGGUGCCCCAGCAGGCGCGCAUAGGCGGGGACAUCACCGUGUGGUUCGCCCUGCACAACGCCUCCAAACGACCGGUGCGGGGGCAGGUGGAGCUGGUGGUGCGGGUGCAGUGGCAGACGGAGCAGGGCGAGGCGGUGGAGCGCGAGGCGCGGGAGUUCGCCCUGCCCAUGGCGCCGGGCGACCGCACGCGCGUGGACGUCACCGUGCCGCUGCUCGACACUGCUGCCGCCUUCUCCCACGCCUCGCUCUCCGCACACAUGCUGCUCGCAGGCACGCCGGCGCACCACAGGCGCAGUGAGGUGCGCCUCGUGCCGGCCUACACGGGCCAUCCGUCGCACAUCCUGCUUCUCUCCGACGCCUCUCUCUCACGCCAUCAGUUUCUCACGUGGCGCUCCAUAGCGGCGCUGCUGCACCUCUCCCUCUCCGUCUGGGACAUCGCCCUCCACGCCUCCCUGCUCCCCUCCCCCUCCUCCACCUCCUUCCCGCCCCUCUCCUCCUCCACCACCUCGCCUCCUGCCUUUCCUGCAGCUGCUACUCAGCCUGCCUACACCUCGACUAUCCCAUGUUUCACCAGCAGCCCUUCUCUCGCGGCGGCCUUGUCGCUACCAGUCUCGUCUCGUCCUGAGCCUGCUGCGCUGCUCCAGACAUCGGCCCUGGAGGCCGAGUACUCGCACGGCGCUGCCAGGCCACCACAUGGCACCGCUGCCGCCAUGCGUGCUGGUACGGGGGCGCUGUCAGUGGGCAGUGGUGGUCGGUCGCUGCAGUGGCAGCACGAGCAGCACAUGGCGGCGUCCAUGAACGAUGCGCUGCUCGCUGCCUCCGCACAGGGGGGUGUGCACGCUGCCAUGCACGGCGGUGCGCCGGAGAACCACCGAUCGUGGAACGAGACAGCUCACGCGCGCUCCUCUCCCUUUACACACUCGUCCUCAUCUGCAUCCCAUGGCCAGCAUCUCGUCUCACCCGCCUCCCUGCAACCACGUGUGCUGUCACACGCACACAGCAUCCAGCAGCAGCAGCAGCAGCAGCAUUUGAGUGAGUGGAACAGCAGCAGUGCUGGUCUGUUUCACUCCCGCCCUCACCCCCCUGAUCUUGUCUUCCCCACCUCCCCUACUGCGUCGUCCCUGCACCACGCGCCGGUGUCCCCCUCAUCCCCCUCUCUCGCCCUCCCGCCUGAGUCCCCUUGCUCCCCAAACCUUUUGCACCACCCGACCUUCCCUCCCACGGGGCCCAGCUCCAUCUCUCACACUCUCUCUUACGCCCAUGACCCCUCGCCUGCCGCACAUCUGUCCUCGCGCCACGUGCUGCUGCUGCUGGCGAACAAGGGGCCCAAGGCCAAGCACCUGCGCCACCUGCUGCACAGGGCCCUGCCUCACGCUCUUGCUGCUGGUUCUGGUGCUGCCGCUGGUGGUGCGAAUGCUGGUGGCUCUGCUGCUCCGCCCGAUUCCGUGGCUGUGCUUGCUGCUGGCAUUGGCCCCACCCACCUCUUCAACUUCCUCCGAGUCUCAUCGCGCCUUGUGCGCUGUGUCGAGGUGCCCCUUACAGGGGAUGCCCUCACUGCAGGGAUGGGUGGGGAGGGAAAUUCUUCCAAGGCCACACGCAAGGGAAAGAGCAGAGCAACCAUGCUUGCUUGCUUCCGGCCCGUAUCCCCCUUUGCAGCUGCCUCAGCACACGCACAUAAGCUUCAUGAGAGCCUGCAGCAGGAGUUCCCUGAGUUCCGCCAUUUCGUUUCCAUUGACCUCCAGUCAACAGAAGGGCCUGCCUUUUUGAAACAUUUCCGCUGCCCGUUGCCAGGCACGCUCCGCGUUCAUGCGCUGCCAACGGAGUCUUUUGACCCCCCUCCCGAUGACCUCAUGGGGGGGGGGGGCAUGGCCAUGGAUGACACAUCAGAGGAGGACACUGAUGGCGAUGAUGGUGAUGAUGAUGAUGAUUAUGAUGAUGAUGAUGAUGAUGAUGAUGAUGAUGAUGAUGAUGAUGAUGAUGAUGAUGAUGAUGAUGAAGAUGAUGAUGGUGGUGAUGGCGGUCAUACUGGUGAUGGUGGUGACAGUGCAUGGGCUGAGCUGGACAGUCAUGGGGAGAUUGAUUUAUCUGGAGGCGGGAAUGAAGGCAGGGGAAGUGAUGGGAGCGCAAGUGACACCAUGGAGGCCAGCCACGCGAAUGGCUUCUCAGAUGCAGGCAUGGUGCUUGAUAGCGGGGAGUGGGGUGCGUAUAAAGAUGGAGGGGAUUACGGCAGAGGGGAGGCAGGGAGGGGAGAGGAGCAGAGGGAGGGGAUGAGGAGGGGGAGGUGUGUUCGAGGGGGCAGCACGGCAAGCGUGGUGUUUCAUGAGGACGUGGAGGCAGAUGAGUGGGGCGUGGGGCUGGGGCUCGCCCGGAGCACCACUCUUGGUGGCGCCCGGGAGAGGUACCAGGGAAGGGAGAAGGCCGCGCGAGGUGCUGUGGAGAAUGACCGACGGAGAGGAGGGGGGGAGGAGGAGAUGAGAGGGGGGAAGGGUGGUGCAGAGGGCAGCGCGAGAGGUGUGGGGAGAGCAGUGAUGGGGAGGGAGCGGCGUGUGCUGGUGUUCUCAGGCAGCGCAAUGCGAGCGUCGUCCAUGCCCCCUCAGAGAGAGAGGCCCAACGCACGGGGGCGGAAGCCUGCUGUGUCUCCUCCCACUCGUGCCACUGCUCGCCCUACUCCCGCACAUUCCGAGCCCCCCUCACACCACCGUUACGCCUCUGCUGGUGGUGGUGGUGGUGCUGGUGGUGGAGGUUCUGCGGUGGACGGUGGGAGGGCUGAUGGGGGCGAUGAGAGGGAGGAGAGGGCAGGGCACGAGGAGCGGCAGUGGUGCCGCAACCUGUCAUUCCAGGGCGCGGGGUGGGAUGGCAGUGUGGCGCACAGCGACACAACGCAGCAGGACAUGCAUGGGGGCGAGGACGUCGACGAGAGUCAAGGCUCUGGGUGGCUGCAAGGUGCAGGCGACGAGGAAGAUGAAUGGGGAAGCUACUCUGAGGCAAACCAAAGAAUGCAACACAACAGACCGCAGCAGCAGCAGCAGCGGCAUGUGAGAGGAGGCCAGGAAUCCUCCCAGAGACGAAAUCCCCAAGGCAAGCAAGGGAGGAGCAUGAGUGCACGGCAACCACUGCACACUCACUCUCCUCCUUCUCCCCUGCACCUGCCUGUUCCAGCGGCUCCCCCCCCUGUGGGCUGCGCGGGCGACUCCUCCCUGUGCACGGACGCCAUGCCACCUCUGCCCCAGCGCAGCAUCAGCAUGGGGCGCGCCACCACAGGGUCGUCCCUGCCCGCGCGCCUGGCCGACAUGGUGCGCUCCCUCACACCCUCGCGCUUCGACCUCCGCCGCCACGCGCACGAGCACGGGCAGGGGGCAGGGGGCGCAGGGGGGGAGGAGUACCGGGAGUUGAGGGCGGUGCAGAGCUUGAACAGCCGCGCGUUUAGGGGCAGCGGCAACACCAAUGGAGGGGGGGUGGUUGGUGGGGCAGCAGGGAGCAGCUUGAGCCGGUUUGUGUCGGGGAAUGGAGGGGCGAGUGCAGGGAAGCACGGCAUGGAGAGGGGCAAGGAAGGGGGUGGGAGGCGGUGGGUUGGAGGAGGGAGAGGUGGCGGGAGUGGCAGCAAGGGCGACAGCGAGGGGCCGGUUGAGCUGACGUCCUCACUCUCCCUGCCCAUGUGGGUGGCCGCUCGCAGCCAACCCAGAGAUGACAGCCCCAACCGCUUCUCCCUGCCACGUGGCAAUCCGUCAUUGCGCCACGUGAGCAGCAUGGGUGCGAGGGCCACGAGUCGAAUGAAUUCCAUGGCGAGGAGUGCGAGCAGGGGGAGCAAGGCCAGCACCAUCACCAAUGGUACCUUUGGCGCGCCCACCUCCUCCGCCCCCCAUCGCAAGGUUUGCCUGGGCGUCAAUGCCACCCCUGCCUCCUACACCCGCAGUCUCAGCGAAAGCCAUGCCACUGCUCGCCGAACCACUCUGCCGAACCUGCUGGCGAGCCUCGGGAAGCCACCGAAGCUGGUACCUUUGGAGGGAGAGGGGUCGGAUUAUGGGAUGGCAGUGGUGGCAGUGCUGUCGGCUCUGCCCAUGCGCGGCAAGGUGGCUGUAGCUCUCGCAGCGGGGGGGGACCGCAGCGCGCGAGUGGGUGCUGGCAGGGGCAGUGGUGUGGACGGUGGUGGUGGUGGGGCGUCGUUUGAGGGCUACACAGGCACCAGCGUGCAUCGCCUGUCCUUGCUGCAGGUACGCGGCUCUGAUUGCUGUGCACGUGCGACGCAGUGCUGUGGCGCUUUGUGGAUCAACAAGUUCGUGCAUUCUGGUUUGAUUUCUCAUGUUUCCCGGCCUUGUGUGUGGCAUCCCCCAUAUGACGUGCAGGUGGUAGCGGCGUGCAUAUGGGCGGACCUGCAGCAUGACCUCCUCCACUCACGGCCAGCCAUUGAAGCAGCUGCUGCAACAGGCCCUGCCACCUGCAAUCCCGGUGCCUUCUCACCUGCUCUGCUCUUGCCCCAAGCUGCAGCGCUGCUAGCAGAGGUCGAGCGCUACGCCAUCGCGCCACCACACACCACAUGCUGGCCGCCCCCUAACGACGCCAUCCUCGCUCUUUCCUCCGGCCUCCUCGUCCUCGCCUUCUCCCCUACGCCGCCUGUCUCCGCCACUGCUCCUUCCCCCUCCUCCUUCCUCCGCUCCUCCUCUCUCUCCACCGCCGUCCUCUCUCGCCCCUCCCCUUCCUCGCUUCCUCACAAGGCGGCCUCUCAACCCUUCUCCCCAGCAGCAACAGCAGCAGUGCGAGCAGUGGCCAGCCAAUGCGUGUCACGGCUGAAAGACCUCCUCAGCGCACCGGGAGCGUAUGGAAGCAGGCUAGAUGAAAGUGAAGGGAGUUGGGGGGGAGGGAAUGUGUGGCUGCCAGAGACAGCGGAGGAGGUGGCAGGCAUCCAGGCACAGCUUGCAGCAGCACUGCGGGUGUUGCCGGAUUGGCUGGGAGUGCACCGCGCUGCAGAGGAGGCUGCUACUGUGGUGUGGGAGGAUUGAGUGGCUCCAGCAAAGGGUGCAUUCUGGCAGCUGCGAGGACUGGGGAACAAUACAACCCUAUCCUACAUGCAAGACGUGGUCGCCUCGCCUGUAGGGGGGGCCAGCAGCAUUGGAGCAUUCAUAUCCAUAUUGUUGUGUAUAUAAAAUUUUGGCUGUAGCAUGCCUAGCGGUUUAUGUAUAUACACCAUUCCUGGCUAAUU